CUCCUUCAAUAUAUUCUCAAUCGCAAAGCUUUCAAUUUGUUGCAGAAAGCGUCGACUUUGGUUCUGAUAAAGAACCCGUAUAGAGCUCUCUCUUGUUGUACUAGUUGCUAUAUUGUGGUGGGUGAAGUCUACCUAUGGCAGCAGUCUCUCUCUUUUCCUCUGCUACUAGUCUCCCCACCAUUUGGAGCUCGCUGUCACCGCCAUUGCCUCGAGCCCAAGAAGCUCUUGGUACCCUGUCAAUGUUUGAUGCUGUGUCGUAUCCACGAAGACCGGGUAGAACUCGGUUUCGGACAAAGUGUUCAGUUUCAGCAAGUGUUUCUGUACAAGCUCCCUUGCCGGAGAAUGAGGAUAGAUUUAAAGUGGAAUACACUCCUUGGAUGAUUGUUGGAUUGGGUAACCCGGGAAAUAAGUACCAUGGAACUCGGCACAAUGUUGGUUUUGAGAUGAUAGAUACUAUUUCCAAAACACAAGGGAUUGUGAUGAAUACAAUUCAAUCAAAGGCAUUGGUUGGAAUAGGUUCUAUUGGAGAGGUGCCAAUUUUGGUGGUGAAGCCUCAAGCUUACAUGAGUUACAGUGGGGAAGCGGUUGGACCACUUGCAGCAUAUUAUCAAGUACCUCUACGUCAUAUCUUAUUGGUUUAUGAUGAGAUGAGCCUACCAAAUGGUGUUCUAAGAUUGCAGCCGAAAGCAGGGCAUGGCUAUCACAAUGGUGUGAAGAGUGUAGUGGGCCAUCUGGAUGGCUGCCGUGAUUUUCCUCGCUUAUGUAUAGGUAUUGGAAAUCCACCAGGAACUAUGGACAUGAAAGCGUAUCUUCUACAAAAAUUUAGUACAGUAGAAAGACAUCAGAUUGAUGCAGCAUUGGGUCAAGGCGUUGAGGCUGUGAAGACACUGGUGCUGAAUGGAUUUGACCCGAAUAUCACUAGUUUCAAUUUGAGGCAAAAGUACAAGCAUCACAAAGUGUAAUGUCGAAUUUACAGAGCAGAAGUCAAAAGCACCAUGUAACAUCCUUUAUUUGAACUAGGAGAAUAGCGAUAGUUUGUUCCCAAAGCUUGUGCUGUUUGAAGAGAAGUGGUCGUGUACAUAGUAUCGUACACUUUUUAACCUAUAUAUGUACUUGAAUUCUGUUUGAUUCCUAAAAACAACAUUUAGGUAGCAAAUGCCACCUUCUGCAUACUAGUUAUGAAAUAAUUGGACAUCAUAUUUGUUGGUUACUGAAGGAGUUUGAGACA